GCAGGGGUUCAGAGAGAAAAGAGGAGCUGGUGCACUGUCUGUUACAACUACAACACUGGAACAAAUAGUGAAUGGUAGUGUCUAGAAAGGGUAUGUCCCUUCAGGAGAGAGGUGCCAAUGUCCAACCGGCCUAAUUCCAAUCCAGGGGGGUCACUGCGCCGUUCACAGAGGAACACUGCUGCGGCCCAGCCACAAGACCACACAGUCGCAGGAAGGUUGCAGUCAGAGCAGGUAAAACAUAAAGCAAAUUCCCCACCUGAAAGUAGAAGACCUAAUUCUAAGGCUUCCAAAGCCACAGCCAGCACAGCCACUGGCCAGUCCAGAGGGCACAGCUCAAGAAGAAGCGGUCUUACUCUGUCCGUGGCUUCAUUUGUGUUGCAAGACGACCCAGAGGCUGCAGGGACAUCUGAACAAGAACGACCAGGCCGCCAGUCAAAGAGUGAAGGCACCCGAGGGCUAAAGCGAAGCGAAGCUCCUGACCAAAUCAGUACUUUUGGACCGACCCCUGCCAAGAAGCCCAAAUCGGUCCCACCACCCCGAGACAAUACCUCAGAGACCAAGAAAGGCCAAGCUAAGUCCAAGAAGAGAUCACUUGCUUCAGAACCACCUGCAUCGUCAGGUCGAGGUCAGAGCAAGAAGAGUGGGUCCGCUGGGGCCUCACCAAUCCAGAAACGGAAGAAAGCGGACUCUCUCCCCGGUCUAAGUAGUACCGCUGGGUCCCUCCCCAAUCGUACUGAGGGCAGAACUGCAAAACCCACCAAGCUGGCGUCUAAAUCGGCCGCCUCAGCCAAAGCUGGGUGUAGCAACGUGACGGACUCCUCUUCCUCUGCCUCCACCUCUUCCUCCUCCUCCACCACAGGCACCAACAGCGCCACCACGCAGGGCGCUCGAGUCAAACAGGGAAAAGAUCAGACCAAGGCGCGUCGCUCUCGCUCGGCCUCAAGCCCUUCCCCACGCCGUAGUACCCGUGACAAGGAGCAGGCCAAAUCUGCCAGCUCUUCAAAAUUUGAGUGGGCAGCACGCUUUAACCCCAAAGUCAACCUGCCAAAACCCAAACUGUCCUUGCCCGGAUCCUCCAAAACUGAGACUUCCAAACCUGGGCCAUCAGGAUUACAAGCUAAACUAGCAAGUUUGAGGAAAUCCACUAAGAAGCGCAGCGAGUCUCCUCCAGCAGAGCUCCCCAGCUUUCGGCGGAGCACACGCCAGAAGACCACGGGCUCCUGUGCCAGCACCAGUCGGCGGGGUUCAGGCCUAGGCAAGCGCGGGGCAGCCGACGCUCGCCGACAGGAGAAAAUGGCCGACUCCGACAACAACCAGGAUGGGGCCAACUCAUCAGCUGCUCGCACUGAUGAGGCAUCACAAGGAGCUUCAGCUUCAAGUUCAGUUGCUGGAGCAGUUGGCAUGACCACGUCUGGAGAGAGUGAGUCUGAUGACUCUGAAAUGGGAAGGCUUCAAGCCCUACUGGAGGCCAGGGGUCUCCCCCCACAUCUUUUCGGGCCUCUGGGACCCCGCAUGUCGCAGCUAUUUCACAGGACCAUAGGCAGUGGAGCCAGCUCCAAGGCUCAGCAACUGCUGCAGGGCCUGCAGGCCACAGGCGACGAGUCUCAGCAGCUCCAAGCUGCUAUUGAGAUGUGCCAGCUGCUGGUGAUGGGCAAUGAGGAGACACUUGGUGGAUUCCCCGUCAAGAGUGUGGUGCCCGCUCUGAUUACACUGUUACAAAUGGAGCAUAACUUUGAUAUUAUGAAUCAUGCCUCUCGUGCACUCACAUAUAUGAUGGAGGCACUGCCUCGAUCCUCUGCUGUGGUGGUCGAUGCUAUUCCUGUCUUCCUGGAGAAGCUUCAGGUGAUCCAAUUCAUUGACGUAGCAGAGCAGGCCCUGACUGCCUUGGAGAUGUUGUCAAGGCGACACAGUAAAGCCAUUUUGCAGGCUGGUGGGCUCGCCGACUGCCUCCUCUACCUGGAGUUCUUUAGCAUCAAUGCUCAGAGGAAUGCUUUGGCCAUUGCAGCCAACUGCUGCCAGAGCAUCACUCCAGAUGAGUUCCACUUUGUUGCUGAUUCUCUGCCACUGUUGACUCAGAGACUCACACACCAGGAUAAAAAAUCCGUCGAAAGCACUUGUCUCUGUUUCGCCAGACUGGUGGACAACUUUCAACAUGAAGAGAACCUGCUGCAGGAGGUGGCGUCACGGGAUCUGUUGACCAAUAUUCAGCAGCUGCUGGUAGUGACCCCUCCUGUACUGAGCUCGGGGAUGUUCAUCAUGGUUGUGCGCAUGUUUUCCCUCAUGUGCUCUAACUGCCCCUGCCUGGCAGUCCAGCUUAUGAAACAAAACAUAGCCGAAACUCUGCGUUUCCUCUUGUGUGGUGCAUCAAAUGGCAGCUGCCAGGAACAGAUUGAACUGGUACCCCGGAGCCCCCAGGAGCUCUAUGAACUGACCUCCCUCAUAUGUGAGCUGAUGCCCUGCUUACCUAGAGAGGGCAUCUUUGCUGUUGAUGUAAUGCUGAAGAAAGGUAGUGCCCAGACGACUGAGGGUGCAAUCUGGCAGUGGAGGGAUGACCGGGGGCUGUGGCAUCCUUACAACCGCAUUGACAGCCGCAUCAUAGAGACAGCCCACCAGAACGGAGAGGAUGAGAUCAGCUUGUCAACUUUGGGCCGUGUGUACACGAUUGACUUCAACUCUAUGCAGCAGAUAAAUGAAGACACAGGAACAGCACGCGGUAUCCAGAGGAAACCAAAUCCUCUUGCCAACCCCAAUACAGGGAGUCACCAGGAGGUUCGUCGAGAAGAUGCACGAGCCCAGUUGAUGAAGGAGGAUCCUGAACUGGCAAAGUGCUUUAUCAAAACCCUGUUUGGGGUCUUAUAUGAGGUGUACAGCUCAUCAGCUGGCCCUGCUGUCAGACACAAGUGCCUUAGAGCCAUCCUCAGGAUCAUCUACUUUGCUGAUGCAGAGCUGCUGAAGGAUGUGCUGAGGAACCAUGCUGUGUCCAGUCACAUUGCCUCCAUGCUGUCCAGUCAGGACCUGAAGAUUGUAGUAGGUUCUCUGCAAAUGGCUGAGAUCCUCAUGCAGAAGCUGCCUGAUGUCUUCAGCGUCUAUUUCAGAAGAGAAGGUGUAAUGCACCAGGUGAAGAACCUGGCAGAGUCUGAGAGCUUUCUAGUCACUAGUCCCCCUAAGGCUUGCCCUAGUGGUACUGCUAGUCUGUGCACAACCACCAUCAGCACUGCAUCCACCACAUCUACUAAUAAUGCAACUCCAGACCUGGGCUCACCCAGCUUCCAGCACAGCAUGGACGACUCACUGGACCUCAGCCCACAGGGGCGCUUGAGUGAUGUCCUAAAGAGGAAACGACUACCUAAAAGAGGGCCUAGAAGGCCCAAAUACUCCCCUCCAAGAGAUGAUGAUAAAGUAGACAAUCAGGCCAAGAGCCCUACAAGUACUCAGUCACCCAAAUCAUCCUUCUUGGCGAGUCUCAAUCCCAAGACCUGGGGCAAGCUGGGUGCCCAGACCAACAAUGCCAACUCAGAGCCCUCACGCACAGCAGGGGUCAGUGGCCUAGCAAGGGCACCUCCCAAGGACUCAAUUUCAAAUAACAGAGACAAAAUAAAGGCCUGGAUCAAAGAACAGGCGAGUAAGUUUGUUGAGCGCUACUUCAACUCUGAAAAUGUGGAUGGCAGCAACCCAGCACUGAAUGUACUCCAGAGACUUUGCACAGCCACUGAGCAGCUCAACCUGCAGGUGGAUGGUGGUAUGGAGUGCCUGCUGGAGAUCUCCAGUAUUGUAUCAGAAUCGGAUGUGUCGUCUUUUGAGAUCCAGCACAGUGGGCUGGUGAAGCAGCUUUUGGUCUACCUGACCUCCAACACGGACAGGGACUUGCUGAGUCGUGACGUGCGGCUCAAAAGGUUCCUCCAUGUGUUUGCUGGCUGUCCGGUUCCAGGAAUGGAGCCUGUAGGUCGUCUAGACCCAACGGAGAAUGGGCCCUACCUGGCACUGGUGCACAAGAUGAACAGCUGUCUGAGCCAAAUGGAGCAGUUCCCUGUCAAAGUGCACGACUUCCCCAGUGGCAAUGGAAAUGGCAGCAGGGGCUCUCAGGCACUGAAGUUCUUCAACACACAUCAGCUCAAGUGUCAGCUGCAGAGACACCCAGAUUGCACUAAUGUUAAACAGUGGAAAGGUGGCCCUGUGAAGAUAGACCCCCUGGCCUUGGUGCAAGCCAUUGAGAGAUAUCUCGUUGUCAGAGGGUACGGCCGAAUCAGAGAAGAGGACGAAGACAGUGAUGAUGACGGUUCAGAUGAUGAAAUAGAUGAGUCACUGGCGGCACAGUUCCUGAAUUCUGGCAGCGUGCGUCACAGACUACAGUUCUACAUUGGUGACCACCUGCUACCAUACAACAUGACAGUGUACCAGGCUGUACGGCAGUACAGUCUUCAAGCAGAAGAAGAAAGGGAGUCAACGGACGAUGAAGCAAACCCACUUGGGCGAGCUGGCAUCUGGACCAAAACGCACACAAUAUGGUAUAAGCCUGUGAGAGAGGAUGAGGAUGGUAGCAAAGAUGCUGUGGGUGGAAAGAGGGGUCGAGCCCAGACUGCUCCCACCAAAACCUCACCUCGCAACGCCAAGAAGCAGGAUGAGCUGUGGCAUGAUGGUGUGUGUCCCAGCGUCAUCAAUCCCUUAGAGACAUACCUCACUUCGGAGCCACCAGAGACCAUAACCUUUGAUGACCCCUCUUUAGAGGUCAACCUGCUGCUGAGGGUCCUGCACUCCAUCAGUAGAUACUGGUUCUACUUAUAUGAUAAUGCUGUGUGUAAGGAAAUCAUCCCUACCAGUGAAUUCAUUAACAGUAAGCUGACAGCCAAAGCCAACCGUCAGCUACAAGACCCGCUGGUCAUCAUGACGGGGAACAUCCCUACUUGGCUCAUCGAGCUUGGAAAGACCUGUCCUUUCUUCUUUCCCUUUGACACCCGGCAGAUGUUAUUCUACGUAACUGCCUUUGAUCGCGACAGAGCCAUGCAACGCCUACUGGACACAAACCCUGAGAUCAACCAAUCAGAUUCUCAGGACAGCAGAGUUGCACCACGUCUUGACAGGAAAAAGAGGACGAUAAACCGAGAUGAGCUUCUCAAACAAGCUGAGUCUGUGAUGCAGGACCUUGGCAGCUCCAGGGCAAUGUUGGAGAUUCAGUAUGAGAAUGAGGUUGGCACAGGCCUUGGCCCGACUCUGGAGUUCUAUGCUCUGGUAUCUCAAGAGCUCCAGCGGGCCGACCUUGGCCUGUGGAGGGGCGAAGAGGUCACUCUGGCCAAUCCUAAAGGAAGCCAAGAGGGAACUAAGUACAUGUUCAGCUCCAGAGGACUGUUUGCUGUUCCCUUUGGCAGGACAACCAAACCAGCACACAUAGCCAAAAUCAAAAUGAAGUUCCGUUUCUUAGGAAAGCUAAUGGCCAAAGCCAUUAUGGAUUUCAGACUGCUGGACCUGCCCCUGGGGCUGCCGUUUUACAAGUGGAUGCUGCGGCACGAGAUGUCUAUAAGCUCCCAUGACCUGGUGAACAUUGAUCCCAGUGUGGCCAAGUCCAUCCAGCACCUGGAGGAUAUUAUCCGCCAGAAGAAGAGGCUGGAGCAGGACCGAUCACAGGUAAAAGCAGAACCACCUGGACUCUGCUCCGAAAGAUCAAAAACAAGGGAGACCCUGCAGCAGGCACUGGAGAGCCUGAACAUGAACGGCUGCUCAGUGGAGGAACUGGGUUUGGAUUUCACCCUCCCAGGAUUCCCGAACAUUGAGCUGAAAAAGGGCGGCAAAGACGUCCCAGUCACAAUCUACAACCUGGAGGAGUACCUCAGGUUGGUGGUGUACUGGACUUUAAAUGAAGGAGUGUCCAGGCAAUUUGAGUCAUUUAGGGAAGGGUUUGAGUCAGUCUUCCCUUUGCAUCACCUGCAGUAUUUCUAUCCAGAGGAGCUUGACCAGUUGCUGUGUGGCAGUAAAUCAGAGACGUGGGACGUCAAGACGCUGAUGGAGUGCUGUCGACCGGACCACGGCUACACACAUGACAGCCGUGCAGUUCGGUUCCUGUUUGAGGUGUUGAGCAGCUUCGAUGCCGAGCAGCAGAGACUCUUCCUGCAGUUCGUCACAGGAAGCCCCAGACUGCCUGUCGGAGGUUUCCGGAGCCUGAAUCCCCCUCUGACGAUUGUGAGGAAGACGUUCGAGUCGACAGAGAACCCGGAUGACUUCCUCCCCUCAGUCAUGACCUGCGUCAACUACCUGAAGCUGCCUGACUACUCCAGCAUAGAGAUCAUGCGAGAGAAACUGUUGAUUGCAGCUCGCGAGGGCCAGCAGUCUUUCCACCUUUCCUGAUCUCUCCACAUCUCACAUUCAAAUGCCUUCUACAGCGAUUGAUGAAAUCAUGACUUCCUUCUUAGUUUUUUUGUAAUCACAUACAUUAAGGCUACGUGUACAGCCUUCUUGUUAGAGAAAGCAGCUUGCAGAAAAAUUAAGACUUUAAAUAUAUAUUUGCUGCCCCUGUCUCUCAAAAAAAAAAUAUAAAAAAUAAAAAAAUGGAAAGGUGUUCCAUGACUCACAGAACUUAAAAUAUUAAAAAAAGAGAGUAAAACUUAUAUCAGUAGUUGAGUAAUGUUAAAAAAGAUGAAAACAUCUGGGUGACAUUUUAAAUUGCAUUGCUAUGUGAUAUUUAAAAAAAGGGAUGUCUCCUCUCCAGAGUGGUGGACAAUGUCACUGGGUGUCGGGGAUGAA